UUGUUAAUGUCAGGGGUUAUAGCUCUUGUAAUGUCAAAUAAAUUAUCUGCAAACACUGUAUUUGGUUAGGUUUAAGGGAGGAAAUUAUAUAUGGAAAAAAAUGCUGAAAAUAUAGUAUUUAUUGGGAUUUUCAGGGAGGAUAUUGCAUGCAUUUUCUUCUGCAGUUUUAACAUCAAUCUUUUUUUUAAGUCCAUUAUAGAAUCUUCUUCCACAAAAUGACAAAAAAGACACAAAAUGACCAAAAAAGACACAAAAUGACACAAAAAGAGGUGGAGAUAUAUCCACCCAUGACUUGAGAACUACUACUACUACUAAGGUGAACAUAUUUUCUUGCAAGACAAUCAGAUAGUAAGGUAAAUGAAAAUAAGUUAACUUAAACAAAUUUUCAUGUAGCAGUUGGAUAAAUGGGUCACUGAUGUACAUAUAAACCAUAUUGUGUAAUCAAGUCUCUUUCAAUCCCUUUUCCCGGGAAUUCAGAUGGAAUUUUAGGAGGGAGGGAUGCGAGGGAGGGAGGUGGGAUUGAGGAGGAGGGAUGUUGAUGGAGGUCUGGCUCUCUCUCAUCUCCACAUAAACUGGCCGGGGAAUUUCUUCCCCCCUCACUCACUCUGCAGCAGCAAACAACGAGCAAGAUGGAAAAGUCAUUGUGCACGUUGGCUGCAGUGAUUUUUCUGGGAGGAUUUUUAGAGGCAGCGCUGACAAAUGGAACAACAACUGAGAUGAAUUCAUUAUUUAACAAAACGACUACCGCUGAGUCCGUCACCGUGCAGCUGCAGGAUCACAGCACAGACCGGCCGACUCCAACAACAGCAGCACAGACGACCACCACCGCUGGGAGUGACAAGCAGCGGGGAGCCAAAAACACAGGCCAAGACAGCGAAGAAGAAAAAAGCAAUAAAGAAAAAGAAGAUGACAGCAAGAAAGAAGCCGGGAAAGCAGAACUGGACUGUCCUCCCCUCGGCCUGGAGUCCCUGCGGGUCGAUGACAGCCAGAUCAUGGCGUCUUCCUAUCAACGAACAGGCCUGGGUCCUCACAGGGGGAGGCUGAACAUCCAGUCUGGCAUUGAGGACGGGGACCUGUACGAUGGAGCCUGGUGUGCUGAGUAUAAGGAUCGACACCAGUGGCUGGAAGUGGACGCCCUCUACCUCACCCUGUUCACUGGAGUUAUCCUGCAGGGCCGAAACUCCAUCUGGAGUUGGGACUGGGUCCACACCUACAAAGUCCAGCUGAGUAAUGACUCUGUGACCUGGGAAACCUGCAUGAAUGGGACAGAAGAAGCAAUCUUCGAAGGAAACCAGAAUCCAGAGACUCCAGUGCUCGGACUCCUCCCUGUUCCUACUGUUGCCCGUUACAUCCGCAUCAACCCUCAGACCUGGUACGCCAACGGCACCAUCUGCCUCAGGGCUGAGAUACUCGGCUGUCGUGUCGAUGAUCCAACUGAUAUCUACUCCUCUGAGCAAGAACAAGGAUCGAAAGAUGCUCUGGACUUCAGACACCACAACUACAAAGAGAUGAGAAAGCUCAUGAAGUCUGUGACGGAGGAGUGUCCGGACAUCACCCGCAUCUACACCAUCGGGAAAAGCUACAUGGGCCUGAAAUUGUACGUCAUGGAGAUCUCAGACAACCCAGGCAAACAUGAACUAGGUGAGCCGGAGUUUCGCUAUGUGGCCGGGAUGCACGGGAACGAGGUUCUUGGCAGAGAACUCGUACUUAACCUCAUGCAGUAUUUAUGCAGAGAGUACAAGAAGGGAAACCAAAGAGUCGUUCGACUGGUGACUGAGACCAGAAUCCACCUCCUGCCCUCCAUGAACCCUGAUGGAUACGAAGACGCUUAUGUGAAGGGCUCUGAACUGGCUGGCUGGGCUGAUGGACGAUACAGCUAUGAAGGAAUCGACAUGAAUCAUAACUUUCCAGACUUGAACAACAUCAUGUGGAACGCCCAAGAAGAUGCGAUAGAUAAAUCUAAAGUCCCCAACCACUACAUCCCCAUCCCAGAGUACUACACUCAAGAAGACGCCAUGGUCGCACCAGAGACUCGGGCGGUCAUCAGCUGGAUGCAGGAUAUUCCCUUUGUGCUCAGUGCGAACCUCCACGGUGGAGAACUGGUGGUCACGUAUCCCUUCGACUGCACCCGCGACUGGGCGCCUCAGGAGGACACCCCCACAGCAGACAAUGCUUUCUUCCGCUGGCUGGCCACCGUCUACGCCUCCACUAACCUGGUGAUGUCCAACCCUGACCGCCGAAUCUGCCACUACGAGGACUUCCAAUCACACAACAACAUUAUCAAUGGCGGAGCCUGGCACACCGUCCCCGGCAGUAUGAAUGACUUCAGUUAUAUGCAUACCAACUGCUUCGAGGUGACGGUGGAGUUGUCCUGUGAUAAGUUCCCUCAUGCCAGUGAGCUUCCCAUCGAGUGGGAGAACAACAAGGAGUCUCUGCUUGUUUAUAUGGAGCAGGUUCACAGAGGCAUCAAGGGUGUGGUCAGGGACAAGCAUACCAAACAAGGACUAGCAGAUGCUAUAAUCAAGGUGGAGGACCAUGAGCACGACAUCCGAUCAGCUGCUGAUGGGGAUUACUGGCGUCUACUGAACCCGGGCGAGUACAAGGUGGUGGUUUGGGCUGAGGGUUACUUCCCAUCCGUGCGUCACUGCCAUGUUGGAAUGGAGCCACGUCCCACCAUCUGUGACUUCUCUCUUACCAAAACACCCAUUCAGAGGCUGAAGGAGAUCCGGGCCAAAGGAGGGAAGAUUCCCCAGGACCUUCAGCUGCGUCUUCGUGCUCUGAGGCUCCGCAAACUUCGUGCCAGCACCAAGGCAAUCAACCAGCGCAGGGAGAGUCAGCGACAGCAGCAGCAGAGGAGAGCCCGGUCCUCUGGAGCCCAGAGAGCAUGAAAGGAGAUGGGACAAGGGACUGACAAAGCCUCUGAGCUUAUAGUACUUGAACCUACAGUUCAAAACGUUUAGCUCAAACAGAGUAUACUGACCUCUGGGAAUAGUGACAUGUUCCUAGUACAGAGGACACUAUUAAAGGGUCAGGUCACCAAAUUUACAGAAACAUAUUUUUCUGAAUAGACCCCAGUGAUGUCAAGACAUGCUGACGGAUGUGUGUGGUGAAAUAUCUGCCUCUGACAUUUGUAUGUGCCUAUCACAACUUUAAAUAUUAAAUACAUUUUUAAAAAAUCGAUAGUCACAUAAUUGGAUGUACUGGCCCUUUAAGGCAAAUUCAAGUAUGACAGCAAAGCAGGUUUUUUAUACUAAAGCAAGGACACUAGCUAAAAAGUAACACAUACAAGUUAUGGAACUUUUUGAAGAAAAAUGGACACGUAUACACUCGUAGACAGGCAUCGUUAAAUGAUAAAGUUUAAAUACACUUUACCAUUUUUCUUUUAAUGUUAAAGCCCUCAAAGCUGAAGUGUUUGUUACUUAUCUGUAAGAUGAUUUCAGUGUCAGCUGGUCUGAUAUGUGACAUGGUUUUUUUUUUCUGACAGUGUGUCUGUUUGACUAAAGUCCAACAGGAUGAUGAAAUCUAAAAUAAAUAUCACUUUUUGUGUUAUCUA